CAUUUUUUUUAUUUAGGAAUUUUUUUCGAAAAAUUCUUCGAAAUUCGAAAAUAACCAAACAAUAUUUUCGGAAAAAAAAUCUACGACACUGGAAUGUCACAUUAUGUAUAUGUUUUUAGUUGGCGUGUAAACAAUAAAGAAAAUUUCUAAUAAAACUGUAAAAACUAUUAAAAACUCGUAAAAUAUUCGCUAGAAAUAUCUAUUCUGAUUUAAAGAUCAUUAUUUGUUAAAGAAGUGAAAAAAUAAGAAGAGUAAAGAAAAAUUACUGUGAAAAAAGGAAUCUAAACGUGUAAGGAUGCGAUCGGAAUUAGAGUCUUUUACACUCAAGCAGAGGGUAUUUCUCGUGAAAAAUUAUUAUCAAUACACAGGGGAUUAUCUUUGUGUAAAGACAAAGUAUGAGGAUAACUAUAAGGAUAGCAAUGAAUAUCCUCCAUUCUCAUAUGAUAUACUCAUUGAGAUAAUUAAUCUUUUUGAGCGAACCGGAAGUGUACUCAAGGCAACCGAAGGGGCAUAUGGAGGUACUGGACAAGUCAUUGAACAAAUUUAUGUCAGAGAUUUUGUCAAGGAAGAAGAUCCUGUGGUUCUCCCUCAAGAAGUUCCGAUACCAUCAACAUCCACAGCCCGAGUAGGUGAAGGAGAUGUAACAGAUGAUCAAGAGGAAUCUAUGAUGUGGGAUCAGGCUGAAUUUCCAUCUGGUAGUAGUUCCGAUCAGGAUGAAAAUAUUGCAGAGAAGCACGUUUGUGAUCAGUGUAAUGUGUCAUUCAAAAACCUCGAGGACUGGAACGGUCAUCAAAUGAAAAAGCACAAUAUUAUCCCCGACAUUUCGAAAUCUUCAAAAACUGAGCAUAAGAAAACAUGUAUAUGGUCAUUGAACAAAAGUGAUCCCCUUAAGUAUGCAGAUCCUAAGAACCCCUUAAACACGACUGGAUUACAUAAAAUGAAAAUGGAAGACGUAAAAAAUAUUUCGAUUGCUGAGCAACCAUCAAGCAUAACUCAUGAUCAUAUGGAAAGGGUAUUCAGUAGUACUUUCAAGCUUGAUCCUACGUAUGAUAAGGUAUUAAAAGAAAUAACAAAAAAAAUUGAUAAGCUUUUAAGGAUACAAAAAAACACAUUACCGAAAUUUUCCUUACUUGACGAGGAAACUGAAAAGCUCUCAGUGAAAUUUGAACAAAUAUUUCCUAUUGCUACUAAAGAUGAUUUAAAUCAGUUUAAUUGUAAGCUUAAAGAUGAAGAAUAUAGGAUGAAUGCUAAAAAAGAGCUUUGUAAGAUAAAUGGAUGCAAUGGGACGAGCGAUGGCACAAAAUGUGCAUAUAGAUUAGUGGACUACAUCUUCACACGUGACCUACUUACUCUGUAUUCUUGGACCGGCGCUUCACGUACGGGAACAAAAGAACCAUUCAAAAAUAAUACACAUUUUCUUGAUCUCUUUUACACCGUAAUAAGAAUGGCAGACAAUAGCUACGCAAAGGUGGAUGCCUACAAUUUCUUUAAGAACAAGGUACUGAAAUACAGUAUAGCUAGGUUACAGAUGAAAAAUGAAAAUUCAAGCCAGAACAACAAAGAUGAAAAUAGUUAAGAAAAAAUCCUAUUAAACACUUAAAAUAUUAAGAAAAGUUCAUUGUAUAGGGGAACGUGGCCCAAUUCCGACCUCCUUCGAUCUUUAUCAAUCCACUAUUACAUAAAAUUGAAAAAAAAAAAUUUAAAUGUAGAAAGUUAUGUGAGUAAAAAGCAUUAAAUGGGCUGGUACCAAAUAAUGGUAGGGGAGAGCGGGGUUAAAAAAGUCACUUCAGGGUUUAGAAAAAGCUCAAAAUACCAUAUUUCCCAAACAGAUAAAGCGAAAUGUAUAGCUCAAUUCUUUAGGAAAUUUACUGCCCUACAACUCUUUCUCAGACCAUUUUGUUCUAUCUAGCUAGGAAAUAUGAUAUUUUAGGCUUUUCCUAAACCCUUAAGUGACUUUAUUAGCCCCGCCCUCCCCUACCUUUAAGAAUAUUGCUUUUAAUUUUAUACAAUUUUUUCUCAUUCUGCACGGACCUUUGAAGGUCGGAUUUGGGCCACGUUCCCCUAUGUUUAAAAAAAAUGUUAGUUUGUGUUAACAAUGUAAACGAAUGCAGAAUUGUGAAAAUAAACUUAAAUUUUUAAAUAGAAAAAUGAGGAGACGGGGGCAAAGUGGCGUGGAAAAACUAUUAAAUAAUAUUAACAAUCUCCUCUGUAUAUGAUGUGUGAAAAUAAAUCUGAAUUUUCCUAUUGAAAUCUAAAUGAAGUUUUCUUCAUUAGCAAAAUAUAUGCAGUACCUAUACAACUUAUAGAAACAACAUUGUAAAGUUUAUU